CUUUCAUUUCAAAUCUCAGUGCAUUCCAAGGUUGUUCGAAUUCGAUGCUCAACGACCGGAUUGCGACAAAAUCACAUUUUUAAGUGGAACACUACCUAAAGUUUUGAUAUUCCAAUCUGACCGUCGUUAUGCUCUCUACCGGUUUCACAGAUGUGCCAGUAACGCGCAGCCUUGUCUAUGGGGUUAUCUUAACCUCACUCCUCGCCAGUAUCACAGAUUCGAAACAUUUUUUCUACAUACAGGCGGACCCUCAUCUGCUACGAUAUCAUCAAUUGUGGCGGAUGCUCAGUUAUCAAUUAUGCUAUACCAAUUCGACAGAAGUGUUCUUUGGCGCUUUAACAUACUAUAACAUGAGAGUGGUGGAAAGGUUAUGGGGAUCUCGUAGAUUUGCCUCUUUUUUGAUGUUAUCAUUCUGCUUCACAUCGAUAAUAUCGCCAAUCUUAGUGAUCCUUCUACGACCCCUUUCCCUCUACGCGAUAAAUUACCUACCCGCAGGACCAACGGCUCUCAUAUUUGCUAUCCUAGCCCAAUAUCAUGCCGUCAUUCCGCAUCAAUACAAAUACAAAGUUGCAGCUACCUCUGCACCUAUGACCGAGGACAACUUCGUGGGAGUCACAUUCUCGGAUAAAUCAUACAUAUAUCUCCCCGCUAUUCAACUAGGUCUUUCUCAAUUUCCAGGCUCACUAAUAUCUGCUAUGGUCGGCUGGAUUAUUGGUUAUUGCUGGCGAAACGAUGUGCUACCUACAGCUCUCACGCGAUGGAGAUUACCAGGCUGGAUGGUGGGCGUUCAGGUCAAGAAGAGAAGUGAAGGAUUCGAAGGAAUGAGGAGGAGAUUGGAGGGAGAAAAUACAGCGGCUGCUACCGGAUCGGAUGGUCAGUCGGGCGGAGAAGUUGGGAGAAGGAGAACUCUGGCGAAUCAAUUUAUUGAUCAAUUUAGAGGAGCGCCAUGAUUCUCCGUUUAAUUAACAACAUCAAUGAAUUUACAUUACAUCCGUUCAUGCUCCAAGGAUGUUCGAACUGCCGUCAAGCUGUUGAUGAGCCGAUCGUAAAGAUCUUUGAGCCAUCAUGCACUCCGUCCGUGCAGCUUCAACCAAAAGCUUGAUAUUAAUCAUUAGCAAGGCUUUUAUAAGGACUCCAAGAACAGAAUAGUCCCACGAAAGACGCUUCAUCCCGCAACAAAGGGCUGUUAGGUGAAGGAGAGGAGAAGUCGAAAUCCACCGUCAUGGAAGCAUUGCAGAUAUGCAUCUAUUUUAAAGUCUAAUUCUAGCUCUGAUUUGAAUCUUAUUUAGAAUCUAUUGAUGUGCAACUAGCAUGCAAAAUCACAGGUACUCAGAAGUCACUAUGACCAGCGCAGUAUCAAACAAACACAGGCAGAACACAGUGCUGUUAACUGAGAGGCGCAACAAAUCUUUCCAGCAAGGGCAAUAUCGCAAGAAUAUUCACUACCAGGUUUUAGGUCGCUAGAGUAGCGAAUGUACUGAUCUACCAUUGCGCGACGAAAGUCAAGAUGAACAACCACAUUACGUGCGAGUCCAAUCUCUUUGGAGGUUUGGAUGCAGAGUAUCUGUUUCAUUGCUUCGUGCGAUAUACUUCCGUCUUCACUCUUUAGCUUUUUGCAUUUCGAUAUUCUCAAAGGGUUUAUGUUGUGAUAAAUUUAAGUCUUUACAGACUUGCAAGGACCGUAGAAUUAGCAUCUUACUAUCAAUACCUUCAUCUCAGAC